AUGUAUCCCGAGAGGCCACAGUCAGUUGCAGACUUGGUUCCGCUUCCGCAGGGCAAUGGCCCCAAGAUAAAAGCCUUCGACUUCCAAGGCCCCCAGCAGAUCGAGUUCUUAGACCAUCUAGGAUCAGGAACACAUUCUAUUGUGUUCAAAGUGAAGAUUAGGGCACACGAGGACAACUGGGAUGAUCCAAAUGCACUCGCAGCCUUUUACCCUUACUCGGAGCCUUUCACCUGCGAGUGCCGUGCAUUUGGCAGACUUCAAGAGGCCGGUUACGAAGAGCUGGCAGUCAAAUGUUUCGGCUAUAUUCUGCUGGAUGAUGCACACGAAGCCACCAUGAUGAAUCAGUUCGCCCAUCUCCCGAACCACAAACUCAACUUCACCUACGAUGGCUAUAAUGAUGAUGAUGAAGAGGAAUAUUACAAGGACCCCAUCUUCGAGAUAUGA